UGAUCGGGAAUGUAUGAAUCGAGUCGACUCGCCAAGGAUCAGGAGUAAGCAGGCUGAGCGUCAUCUAGAGACAGCAAGAGCAAGCAAGCCGUCGAUGAGCGGCUCCCGAGGGCGGGGGUUGGCGAGCUAAACUAACAUUAACCUCCGCCUCUGGUUCGCAUUUCACUGAAAUAUUGCAUUAAAACUCAUUGACGUUGAGAAAAGAUAGAAAGAAAAUGGCCAGUCCAGGAUUUCCAGACUGAUCUUCCAAGGGAAGGCAGAAGUUUGCGAUGUUUUUCCCUUGAACCCGCGGUGGAUUCGGAGCUCGGCGUGAACUUUCGCAGCUUUUUCCCCCCAACUCCUCAUUUUCACUGCACCGUGAGUUUAAUUCAAAGUUGGAGUUAAGAUGGCGACCGAUUCCGUGCAGGGGGAUGUCAUGGAUCUUUCAGAUGCAAUGUUGCAACAGAAACUUGAUGAGAUUAAGGACCAGAUAAAGCGAGAGAUCCGUAAAGAACUCAAAAUCAAGGAAGGAGCUGAGAACCUUCGAAAAGUAACAACAGAUAAGAAAAGUUUGGCAUACGUGGACAACAUGUUAAAAAAGUCAAACAAAAAGUUAGAGGAAUUACACCAAGAGCUGCAGGAAUUAAAUGCGCAUAUUGUGGUGAAAGACCCAGAAGAUCUUUUGGAUUGUCCAAGAACACCAGACACUCCAAAUAGUGAAAUGCGUACCUCUACAAACAGUAGCAGACUAGCAGCAUUGAAGAAACAGCAUGAUAUUGAGCAGAAGGUGAAGCAAGGAGCAGAGAACAUGAUCCAAAUGUAUUCAAAUGGCUCAUCUAAGGAUCGAAAGCUGCUUGCUGCUGCACAACAAAUGCUUCAGGACAGCAAGACAAAAAUUGAAGUCAUCAGAAUGCAAAUUCUUAAAGCAGCGCAGGCGAGUGAAGUAGCCUUUGAUAAUACUGAAGGUAUAGCAAAACCUGUAAUCAGUCCUCUUGAACUACGGAUAGAGGAACUGAGGCAUCACUUCAGGAUAGAAUAUGCAGUUGCUGAAGGAGCCAAAAAUGUCAUGAAAUUACUUGGUUCUGGAAAAGUUACUGAAAAAAAGGCACUUUCUCAAGCACAGUCCAGAUUUAAUGAAUCAAGCCAAAAGUUAGAUCUCUUGAAAUAUUCCUUAGAGCAAAGACUGAAUGAACUUCCCAAGAAUCAUCCAAAAAGUAGUGUUAUAAUAGAAGAAUUGUCUUUGGCAGCAUCUCCAGUGUUAAGCCCAAGGCAAAGCAUAAUUUCAUCACAAAACCAGUAUAGUACUGUUGCUAAACCAGCUGCAUUAACAGGUACUUUAGAUGUCAGACUGAUGGGAUGCCAAGACCUUUUGGAUAACGUACCUGGAAGAUCAAAAACUACGUCAGUUCCACUUCCUGGUUGGAGUCCGAGUGAAGCCAGGUCCUCUUUUAUGAGCAGGACAUCUAAAAAUAAAAGUGGAAGCAGCCGAAAUCUUCUGAAAACAGAUGAAGUAUCCAAUGAAAUCAGCGCAGUAUUGAAGUUGGACAACAUGGUUGUUGGGCAGACAAGCUGGAAACCUAUUAGUAAUCAGUCCUGGGAUCAGAAGUUUACACUGGAACUUGAUCGGUCCCGUGAACUGGAGAUUUCUGUAUAUUGGCGAGAUUGGCGUUCACUUUGUGCUGUCAAAUUUCUAAGAUUAGAAGAUUUCCUGGAUAAUCAGCGGCAUGGAAUGUGUUUGUAUCUUGAACCACAGGGCACAUUGUUUGCAGAGGUUACAUUUUUUAAUCCUGUGAUUGAGAGGAGACCAAAACUUCAAAGACAGAAAAAAAUAUUUUCAAAGCAGCAAGGCAAGACCUUUCUUCGUGCACCACAAAUGAACAUCAACAUUGCAACCUGGGGAAGACUAGUGAGAAGAGCAAUUCCAUCAGUGAAUAACUCUGGCACAUUUAGCCCACAGGUUCCUCUUCCUACAACUGUACCUGUAGCUGACCCACGACUGCCCGAGUCUCCUACGUCACCAAGUGAUCCUACAGUAACAAAACUUGAAUUCGACCCUGAACCCCCUCCAACACCAAAGCAUGCUGCUGUUGUGGAAAUUAGAGAAGCUACUCCUGAUAUCAAGCUUCCAGAUAGGCAAAUUCAGGAUGCAUUGUCAACAUUUGAUUUCUUAAAUGACAGACAUAGUACGGGGGCAGUCACAAAUCCAGAGCCUGCUAGCAUUGUAGAACGGGAAGCUAAAAAGCCAGAUUUUGAGAUAAUGCCUGAACCGGAAUCAUCAGACACAAGAAUUGCACAGAGGUUUCAGUUUAGUCUCAAAGAUUUCAAAUGUGUGGCUGUUUUAGGACGUGGGCAUUUUGGAAAGGUGCUGCUAGCUGAAUAUAAAAGCACAGGGGAAAUGUUUGCAAUUAAAGCCUUAAAAAAAGGAGACAUUGUAGCACGUGAUGAGGUUGACAGCCUUAUGUGUGAAAAGAGAAUCUUUGAAACUGUGAAUAGUGUUCGGCAUCCAUUUUUAGUUAACCUCUUCGCCUGUUUCCAAACCAAAGACCAUGUUUGUUUUGUGAUGGAAUAUGCUGCUGGUGGAGAUCUUAUGAUGCACAUUCAUGCUGAUGUGUUUUCUGAACCAAGAGCAGUAUUUUAUGCAGCGUGUGUGGUUCUUGGUUUGCAGUUUUUGCACGAACACAAGAUAGUAUACAGAGAUUUAAAGCUGGAUAAUUUGUUGCUUGAUACAGAAGGCUACGUGAAGAUUGCAGACUUUGGUCUUUGCAAAGAAGGUAUGGGUUUUGGGGACCGAACGAGUACAUUCUGUGGCACUCCAGAGUUCCUUGCUCCAGAAGUAUUAACAGAUACAUCAUACACAAGAGCUGUGGAUUGGUGGGGACUUGGAGUGCUCAUCUUUGAAAUGCUUGUUGGUGAGUCUCCAUUUCCAGGUGAUGAUGAAGAGGAGGUGUUUGACAGUAUUGUUAAUGAUGAAGUUAGGUAUCCAAGAUUUCUGUCUACUGAAUCUAUCUCCAUAAUGAGAAGACUUCUAAGAAGAAAUCCAGAACGGCGCCUUGGAGCAGGUGAGAGAGAUGCUGAAGAUGUGAAGAAGCAUCCAUUUUUCAGAAAUGUUGAUUGGAAUGGCCUUUUGUCUAAGAAAGUGAAGCCUCCCUUUGUUCCUGUAAUUAAAGGACGAGAGGACGUCAGUAACUUUGAUGAUGAAUUUACCUCAGAAGCACCAAUUCUCACUCCUCCAAGAGAACCGCGGGUCCUCAGUUUGGAAGAACAGAUUAUGUUCCAGGAUUUUGAUUAUAUAGCAGACUGGUGUUAGGCUUCAGACACUGUGAAACCAACUUCCUGCAACUCACAGAAACACCUCUUUCAAAGAAGAAAUAUUUUUCUUCAUGCCUUUUCCUUGCACUCUGUGCCAUUAAAGGAUUUUUAUUUUUUAAAUCUAAUGAAGAAUUUUUAUAUUAAAAAAAGCAAAACUCAAAAACUAGACGGCCAUUUCCAAACUCUUAGAAGUGGCUUAAAUAUGGCUCAUGCUGAUUUUGAAUGGUCUGUGCACUGGGAAUAUUGUAACAAACAUUACACCAAUUUUUGCAAACAGAGCCACCUUAAAUGAUUGAUCAUGCAUGGGCACAUUGACUGUUACUGUAAACCCAGUAAUGUGUCAUCCAACUUUGUUUUUGUUGUUUAGCCUUGGAUUUUAAUCAUUUUUGUAAAGGCCAAUGUUCUACAUUAAAACUUUGGGUGCUUUGGAAUUUGAACAUAUUCUCAGAUAUGACAGUGAUAUUGACUACUUAUAUUCAUAUAUCAAAGCCAGAAAUGUACUUUUAUUCAAAGUUUAGAUAACUAGAAUUACUUUUUUAACACUAGUACCGAUUCUUGCCUUGUAAAUUUGUAUUUAUUUUAACCUUUUAAAAAUGCCUUAAUUUUAUUAGAUUACACCAGAUGAGCUUCCACAUAGCCAAGAGGUACAGAAAACCUACCAAAGCUGUUUGCCAAAUAGUCACAACCAACAGAUUUCUUGACUGCUUUGAAUUUGGCCUUCGUCAAAGCCUUAUUGGAAAUAAUGACAAACUAGGCAAGUAAUGUUGAUGUCCGUCAUGCUUUGCAGUCCCAUUUUUAUUGAGCAUUGUAGCUUGUGGGACUGUAUUGCACUUUAAGUACUACAAGCUCACUCGUGUACCUAAAGAUGUUCUGUUAAAGUAACUGUUACAUGCAAGGUUAGUUUACACUCUUAGAGGGGACGAUGAUUUCCCGUGUCCCCAGCAGCCAUUGAAGAGGUCAUGAAGUGCCCAUUUGCAUCUGAAUCAUAGGGUCACUGAACUUCAAGAGUGAUUAUCUGAAGGUAAAAGUUCUUGGGGAGUGGUUGGGGAAUCCAGAAGUAAGUGAAUGUAAAUAUUUGACUAAAGUUUAAGGUUAUAUUUGUUAUAUAAUAAACAACAAAAGUGGUGGUGUCUUUGAAAAUAUUGUAUGUUUUGAUAGGUAAUGUAAGAUAUUUGGAUUUUGCUACAAGCAUUAACCCUGUACACUAGCACAGUUCAGACUUAUUUGAGCACUUUUAUUUAAGUAAGUUAUGUUGUCAAAGUCAAAUAUUCUAAUGGCUAGACAAAUCUUUCAUGCAGUUUGUGAUGUUGUCGUAAGGGAUCUUUAAAGGACAGACCGUUCUUUUCUUGCAUAUGACUAUAAACUGUUUUUAAAAAUAUGACAAUACCGUGUUUGUUCUUUCCAUGCCACCAAUGUACAUUUGCUAAAUACCAAACUUUUGGAGUCUUCAGAGAUAUGGCCUGGCAUAAUGUAUUUUUUGUUUUAAUCUGACAAAGCAAUUGUAGCUCAGUAACUAAAUUUGUACAGAAAAUAUAUUUUUUUUAUAGCAAAAAUCACUUAAGGGUAAGAGGGCAGAAAUGUAUGUAUACAAAUGAGCAGAGAGCACUAAUUUUAUCUUUGUAGUUUUUACAUGAUCAUCUUUUUUAUUUCUAAAUAAGAAAAUAGGUUGUAAAUAUGUUCUUUUUU